CCCUCUUAAAUAAGAAAAAUAAGGGGAAAAAUAGAAAGAGGAGGACACUGAUUCAAGAUUUUGAGUUACAAAGAGAGGGAGAGGAGGGGUAACUUUUUUUUUAAUUCCUAAUCGGUUUCUCCUUAAAAACCAUUAUUGUUGUGGACUCGCCUCUAAUGAUGAUUGAGAGAUAUUGAAAACCCCUCUCCUUCUCUCUUUGCCCCCACUCUCUCUCUCUCUCUCUCCUUGUUGCAACAUCGCUUUUGGGUUUGGGCUCUUAUUUUUUUCGCUUUAUUGUGCCAAAUGAGUGUAUUUGAAAUAGCAAAGAAAAAAAACCCAUUUCGCUCUCUAUCAUCACUGUGUGUACGAUUACAAAUUGAAAUCCUUGUGGUUAGUUAUAUACUACUAUUGUUGUGUAUAUAAAGAUAGAUCGGUGGUUGGGAUUAUAUACACAGUAUAUUAGUUUUUGGGUGGGUGAGAGAGAAGUGAGAACCAAGAAGAAGAAGAAAAAGAGGGAAAAUGCAAAGCUUGUAGUGUUUGUUGGUAGAAGUUACCUAUUUUGUUUUUUGCAGUUUGAAGCAAAGAAAGGACAAGUGUAAGUGCAUUCAUUCAUCAAAGGAAAUGUGUGAGGUUUUCGAGAUCUGGGUCGUCCCAGAGGAUGUAAGAUGAACGGAGAUUCGAAGAGAGAGUUGCUGCUGCUGAUGCGAGUGCUUGUUAGGGUUUCGUUGCAAUUACCCUUUUCGUCAGUGGAAUUGAUUUCUUUUUCUCCUCAUGACUACCACCAAACGUGCUUAUAAGUUACAGGAAUUUGUGGCUCAUGCUUCCAGUGUCAAUUGCCUCAAGAUUGGAAGGAAGUCAUCAAGGGUUCUUGUCACUGGAGGAGAAGAUCAUAAAGUAAACCUGUGGGCUAUUGGCAAACCCAAUGCCAUACUGAGUCUAUCUGGUCAUUCAAGCGGAAUUGACUCCGUCAGCUUUGAUUCUUCAGAAGUGUUGGUAGCUGCAGGAGCAGCAAGUGGUACAAUCAAACUUUGGGAUUUAGAGGAGGCAAAGAUUGUUCGCACCCUCACCGGUCACCGAUCCAAUUGUAUAUCAUUGGACUUCCAUCCCUUUGGGGAGUUCUUUGCCUCUGGAUCUCUUGAUACGAAUCUAAAGAUAUGGGAUAUAAGACGAAAAGGUUGUAUUCACACAUACAAGGGCCACACUCGAGGGGUCAAUGCUAUAAGAUUUACUCCGGAUGGUCGUUGGGUUGUAUCUGGUGGAGAGGACAAUACUGUAAAGCUCUGGGAUUUAACUGCGGGGAAGCUGUUGCAUGAUUUCAAGUGUCAUGAAGGCCAGAUUCAAUGCAUAGAUUUUCAUCCUCAUGAGUUUCUGCUGGCAACAGGUUCAGCGGAUAGAACCGUUAAAUUCUGGGACCUCGAAACUUUCGAGCUUAUAGGCUCAGCUGGUCCUGAGACCACUGGAGUGCGUUGUAUGACCUUUAAUCCUGAUGGGCGAACCCUACUUUGUGGUUUGCAUGAAAGUCUAAGGGUUUUCUCCUGGGAACCAAUCAGAUGUCAUGAUGCUGUGGAUGUGGGAUGGUCUAGAUUGUCAGAUCUUAAUAUUCAUGAGGGGAAGCUUCUUGGCUGCUCUUACAAUCAAAGUUGUGUUGGAGUAUGGGUUGUAGACAUAUCGCGUAUUGAACCAUAUGCAGUUGGUAACGUUACUCGAUUGAAUGGUCAUUCAGAAACAAAAUCUAAUCCUAGUGGGAAUUUAUCCGUACUGAAUGAAAAUACUGCAAAGACUAGUUUGGGCAGGCUAUCUGUUUCACAAAAUUCAGAUCCUGUAAUGAAGGAAACCAAAAUUUUAGGAAGGCUUUCAAUCUCACAAAACUCAGAUCCUGCUGUUAAGGAGUCUAAAUCUUUCCCCUCCACAGGAAGUGUACCUGGUACUCCUCAACGGGUCAAUUUAAACACUGGUACAAAGACAACCUCAAUUAGUUCAUCGACAGUUCCUAGUGCAAUAGCUCCAAAGAGAAACAUGGCAAAGGUCAAUACAACAGCCAAUGCUUCAUUUUUCAACAGGUCAGAUGUGAUACCUGUAAUUGUCCCCAGAAAUAAUGUGAGGUUGGAGCAGGAAGCUGAAUCUAGAAAAGAAAGUGUUUCUGGAAGAACUAUGACAUUACCCUUUCAGCCAAAAACAUCUGAUUUCCGAAAGAUAGCAAACACAAGAGAUGACUCGGAGAGGCCUAUUGCUGCUGUACAUUCUGAAAUUGAGGGUAAUAAGGCUACUGAAUUGAGUGCGGUUGCAGAUAGGAACACUUCUCCUGCAGUUAAGCGCUCUAUCAUAGGAAUAUCUGCGGUUGAGAGGAAUGUAAAGGACGAUAAAUAUAUUGUUUCUGGGAAAGUUGAAAUGAAUUUAAUGACAGAACGAGUUGCCAGCUAUCAGCAUGAAAGUUACGAAACUCGUGUGCAUAAAGCGAACAGAGAUGCUUGUUCUAACGAGGGUCAAAGAGCUGACGAAACUCGUCUGCAGAAAGCAAACAGAGAUGCUUGUUCUAAUGAGGGUCAAAGAGCAGGAAGGACACGCUCGCUUGUUGCAAAUUGGGAGAAGAAAGAAAGAUUGCCUUUUUAUGAGGAUCCUGCUUCCAGCAAUCUCUCAGGGACAGCAUCUCCUGUUAACACACUCCCAGCUAAUGCGAGAGAAUACUCAUCUGCUGAACCAGAAAUGGUAUCUGCUAGCGACGAAGAUGCUAUUUCAUAUAUAAUGGAACAACACGAUCAAUUUGUUGGCUCAAUGCAGUCUCGUUUAGCCAAAUUACAGAUAGUCCAAAAAUAUUGGGAUAGGAAUGAUCUUAAAGGGGCCAUUACUGCAAUGGAAAAGAUGGCUGAUUACGCUGUUGUUGCUGAUGUGAUCAGCUUUUUGAGAGAAAAAAAUGACGCCGUGACAUUGGAUAUUUGCACUUCUCUCCUCCCACUCCUUGCAGGCCUUCUUGAAAGUGGAAUGGAUAGGCACCAAGGUAUUUCACUGGAAAUGCUGCUUAAGCUGGUCAGGGUAUUUGGUUCAGUGAUCUAUUCUUCUUUAUCGGCAUCAUCUGUUGGCGUGGAUAUUGAGGCAGAGCAAAGACUGGAGCGCUGCAAUCUCUGCUUUGUUGAGCUUGAAAAGGUCAAGCGCUGCCUUCCUGUCCUUAGUAGAAGAGGGGGGUUGAUUGCUAAGUUUGCACAGGAGCUGAAUCUUGCACUUGAAGAAGUUUCAUGAGUAAAUUUGUUUUCUUUAAAAAGUUGUACGUAUGCUAAGCGGAAGCUACUGAUUCUUUGACAUUUUACUGACAAUUGAAGGCUAAUUGACAACCUACUCUGGAUCUGCUGCUGGUUGUCGACAGUUGUGGCAACCAAGGAGCCCCUGCAUAGCAGAGAAGAAUCCUUCGAAACCUUACCAUUCUCUAACCCAAUGUGUAGUGCAUUACUUUGUAACCUCUGAUCUUCAAAGCGAAAUUAUGUAUUAAUUUCAUCAUAUAUAUAUAUAUAUAUAUAUAUAUAUAUAUAUUGAUGCAAGAGUGUCUCAGCUGAUGAAAGGAAUCACAACCACCCUUUUUUUUUUCUUCCUGUGGAAUCACCACCACUUGAAUGGUCAUAUGUCGGAACUUCUAAAUAUAUGGUAUAUAUAUUUGUUUGGGCUUU